UUUAUACCUACUCUAGUUUAUUUAUUUUGAAUAUUUUAUUGAAAUCCGGCAACGCUGUGCGCACAAAGCUCGCACCGGGGUAAACGACUAGAAUCAAUUAAAAUAAUGCCUGGUGUCGCGAAGACGAAUUCAUCAGAAUCAGCGAAUGAUACUGAAACUGGUCAGAGUAAAAUUGCUGGUGUCUUAGAAAAACAGACAAGCGAAGAUAACGUUGAAGAGAAAAGUAAAGCAAAACUCUUGAAAAGAAUGCCGAAUAUAAAAGUAUUUAGUGGAACUUCUCAUCCUGAUCUCGCUCAAAGGAUAGUCGAUCGUUUGGGUAUCGAUCUAGGAAAAGUUGUUACAAAAAAAUUCAGCAAUUUAGAAACAUGCGUGGAAAUAGGGGAAUCCGUAAGAGGAGAGGAUGUCUACAUCGUUCAAUCCGGUUGUGGGGAAGUAAAUGACAAUCUGAUGGAAUUGUUGAUUAUGAUAAAUGCUUGCAAAAUUGCUUCCGCGAGUCGAGUUACCGCCGUCAUUCCAUGCUUUCCAUAUGCUAGACAAGAUAAAAAAGAUAAGAACGUCUCAAGCGAAAAAGAACUCCAUGUGGAGAAGUGGAAGUCGAUUGAGUGGAAAUUUAGGAGCCGAGCUCCGAUUUCAGCAAAAUUAGUGGCGAAUAUGCUCUCGGUGGCCGGCGCCGAUCACAUCAUAACCAUGGAUUUGCACGCCUCCCAAAUUCAAGGCUUCUUCGACAUUCCUGUAGACAAUUUGUACGCCGAACCGGCCGUUCUGAAAUGGAUCAAAGAGAACAUAGCGGAAUGGAGGAACAGCAUAAUCGUGUCUCCAGACGCGGGCGGAGCCAAAAGGGUCACUUCGAUUGCCGAUAGGAUCAAUGUGGAGUUCGCCCUUAUUCACAAAGAGAGGAGGAAGGCGAACGAGGUGGCUUCUAUGGUGCUGGUAGGAGACGUCAAAGACAGGGUCGCCAUAUUGGUGGACGAUAUGGCCGAUACGUGCGGUACCAUUUGUCAUGCAGCUGAAAAACUGAUGGAAGCCGGCGCCACCAAAGUGUACGCUAUUCUAACUCACGGUAUUUUCUCCGGACCGGCCAUAUCGAGGAUAAAUAACGCCUGUUUCGAAGCGGUGGUCGUUACGAACACCAUACCGCAAGACGGGCAUAUGAAAGAUUGCUCAAAAGUACAGUGUAUCGAUGUUUCCAUGAUGUUUGCAGAGGCAGUAAGGCGUACCCAUAAUGGGGAAUCAGUAUCGUAUUUGUUUUCUAAUGUACCAUACUAGAAACUAGAAAAUUAAUAUUUACCAAACAAAUAUAAUUUUUUUACAAAAUUUCACAUACUUAUAGUUCAACUAAUCUACAUACCGUGAGUUACGAUUUGUUUUAAUUUUUAAUUUUUUUUUUUUUUGUUAAAUAUCAAAAAUUGUAGAUUAAUUUAUCAAUGG